GCGCUUAUAGGACAGAAAGGGGAACAAGUGGAUAAAUUUCACAUCAACACGUUUUCUCGAUGCCAAACAGAAAGUGUAGAAAACCAACAAGCCAAAGUCAGUUAAUGAAGGUUGAAAGAGGAAAAAGCGCAAGAAGAGGAAGAUGAAGGUCUCCACUCGUUCAGCGGCCGUCCUCUUCCUCCUCAUCCUGUCUCAGGCCCUGACUGCUGUUGACACUCAGGAGGAAGAGGAGGUCCUCCAUGAGAAGGAGCAGGAGACCUUGGAGACAUGGACCAGGAACACCCAAACGUGCACCUGCGACUGUGAGUCACCCACGCGCUUCCCGCCCACCGACGACGCCACCUCGCCGUCGCCGCCAUCGCCUUCACAAGGUUACUUGCUGACUUGCAUGCCAGAGUGUCCGUACCACAAAGCGCUGGGCUUUGAAUCAGGAUCCGUGACGUCGGAGCAGAUCAGUUGCUCCCAUCAGGACCAGUACACCAGCUGGUAUUCCUCCUGGGUCCCCAACAGGGCCCGCCUCAACAACCAGGGUUUCGGGUGUGCUUGGCUCUCCAAGUUCAACGACCAGUACCAGUGGAUCCAAUUGGACCUGAAGGAAGUGGGCGUGGUGUCAGGCAUUCUCACGCAGGGACGCUGCGACGCUGACGAGUGGAUGACCAAGUACAGCAUUCAGUACCGCACCGUGGAGACGCUCAACUGGGUCUACUACAAGGACCCGACUGGCAACAACAGGGUUUUCUAUGGGAAUUCGGACCGCUCGUCCACCGUUCAGAACCUGCUGCGUCCGCCCAUCGUGGCCCGCUACAUCCGCCUGCUUCCUCUGGGCUGGCACACCCGCAUCGCUGUCCGCAUGGAGCUGCUCAUGUGCAUGAACAAGUGUGCUUGAAGGGGACAACAUGUCCAACGUGCUUGGAGGCAACACACAAUCUUUCCUUGCUUCAGACAAAUGAAAAAGUCACUUUCACGAGAGAAUAUAGCAUAAAAAACACAUUUAUACGAUACACUGCUUUAUACUAUUAGAACUACAGUACUUUCAAAAGUCCCUCCAAUGGCACAUGAAAAAAUACUUUCAAUGUUACAAGAUUAAUGUCAAAAUUGAAAGUCUUGUAAUAUUUCAAGAAAAAAAGUUGCAAGUAUUUAUUAGAAAAGUUGUACUAUUACACAAUUAAAGUACAAAAUCUUGCAAGAAUGUUUUUUCUGUUUUUUGAGUAAAAAAACAAAACAAGUGUCUUACAAGAGCCAAGUCUUUUUCUUGGAAAAAAGUCUAAAUCAUACGAGGAUGUAAUACCACAUGAAAAAAGUUGUAUUUAUUCAAGAGAACGUCAUCAUCUUACAAGUCCAAUAGAGUUUUUAGAAAAACGUUAGAAUCAUACCUAUCAAAGUCAAAUGUUUAGAAAUCUUGCAAACAAAGUUUUGGGGGAUUUUUUACCAAAAAAAAUGCAGGAGAUGAAAGUAAAAAAAAAAAAAAUUGCAAGAUUAAUAUAAUUUGUAAUCUUGCAAGACGAAAGUCAUGUUGAAAAAAGUUCUUGCGAGAUUAAAGUAGUUUGAAAAAAAAAAUUAUUUAGAAAAAUGUAAGAUUAAAGUCAUAUGUUAAGGAAAAGGUCAUCUAGUGGUUAGCAGACCUGGGUUCGAUUGUCCCCUGGGCAUUUCUGUGUAGAGUUUGCAUGUUCUCCCCGUGUGUGUGUGGGUUUUCUCCAGGUACUCCGGUUUCCUCCCACAUUCCAAAAACAUGCAUGUUAGGUUAAUUGGAGACUCUAAAUUGUCCAUAGGUAUGAAUGUGAGUGUGAAUGGUUGUUUGUCUAUAUGUGCCCUGCCAUUGGCUGGUGACCAGUCCAGGGUGUACCCCACCUCUCGCCCGAAGUCAGCUGGGAUAGGCUCCAGCAUGCCCCCACGACCCUAAAGAGGAGAAGCGGUAUAGAAAAUGGAUGGAUGGACAUAUUUUUAUUAGAAAAACUGUUGUAAAAUGAAAGUAACUUUUUUUUUUUAAACAAGCCUUUUUGUAAUCUUUCAAAUAUAAAUUUGUAAUCUUAUGGGAUUAAACUAUUUUUGUUAGAAAAAUAAGUCCAAGAUGAAAGUAAAAUUGUAUGUUUUUAAGAAAAAAGUUGCAAUCUUGCACAAUUGAAUGGUGUUUUUUUGGAGAAAAGUAAUUAUUUAGUAAGAUUAAAGUCAUUAGUCAUUUAGGUUGUAACUUUGCAAGAUAAAAAGCAAUUAUUUUUUAGAAAAAAAAAGUAUGAUCUUGCAAGAUUACGCAAAUCUUUAUUUUAGAAAAAAGUUGUAACUGUGCAAGAUUAAACUAAUUAUUUUGUAAAAAAAAAAAAAUGUAUAUUCUUGCAAGAUUAGGAAUAGAGUUAUGUGCAAGAUUGAAGGGGUUUUUUUAAAGGAAAGGAAGAUUUAUUUUUUUUAUUUGUAAUCAUUCAAUUAAAGUAAUUUUUUUAAACAAUCUUGCACGAUGGAAGUAUUUUCUGGAGAAAAAAAAAAUGUAGAUGAAAGUAUUUAAAAAAAUGUGUAAUCUUACAGAAUUAAAAUGUUUUUGUUGUAAUUGCAAGAUGAAAUAAUUUUUUUAAAUAAAAAAAGUUUCCAAAAAGUUGUAACUGUGCAAGAUUACAUUUUAUUAUUUAGAAAACAAUGUUGUAUAAUCUUGCAAGAUUAGUUUUAAGGAAAAAAAAUAUUACAGUGCAAGUUU